AGCAGAAAUAAAUAUAAAUAUUACAUGUACAAAAUCAAGAAAAUCAAGAAAGGAGAGAGGGAGAGAGAGAGAGAAUGAAACAGAGCACUACUCUCUUUCUCAUUCUCAUUCUCUGUUUCACCAUUCUCGGCCACCGCAACUCCAACUUCAACUUCAAACAUUGAUAAAACGCAGAACCCAUUUUGUCGUUCUUUUUCUCUCUUUUGUCCCUUCCAUUUCUCUCGCUACUUUUCUAUUCCAUGGCCAAGACCGGUGUCUUUGAUUCUGAUCCUGUUGUCAUGUCAAAAGCAACAGAAUUAAAGAAAGAACUGCAAAAGUUUGUUAAAUCCAUUGUUGAUGAUGAUGAUUACCGUAUAGAAACAAUUGAUCAAGCUAAAGAAACGCUAUGUGCUUUAAGAGAUUUAAAGAUAAAGAAGAGAUCUUUAUCUCUUAAGUUGAGAGAAACCGUGUCGUGUCCUGAUGAGUUUAAGUGUCCUUUAUCUAAAGAAUUGAUGAAAGAUCCUGUUAUUUUGGCUACUGGGCAGACUUAUGAUAGACCCUUUAUUCAGAAAUGGCUAAGAGCUGGUAAUCGGACAUGCCCUCUCACUCAGCAAGUCCUGUCACACACUGUUCUUACUCCGAAUCACUUGAUCAGGGAAAUGAUAUCACAAUGGUGCAAGAAUCAGGGGCUAGAGUUGCCGGACCCUGUUCGCCAAGGUAAUGGAGAAGGAAUAACAGAAGCUGAACGUGAUCAAUUUUUAUCUUUGGUUGGAAAGAUGUCCUCGGAACUUCCUGAACAAAGAGCAGCUGCAAAGGAGCUCCGGAGGUUGACAAAGAGGAUGCCCUCAUUUCGGGCACUAUUUGGUGAGUCUGUUGAUGCCAUUCCACAAUUGCUCAAUCCACUAUUGGCAAGCAAGUCUGCAAGUGAGGUUCAAGCUGAUCUUCAAGAAGAUGUGAUCACAACCCUCUUAAAUCUUUCGAUCCAUGACAACAACAAGAAGCUUGUGGCUGAGACCCCUGCAGUCAUUCCUCUUCUUAUAGAAGCAUUGAGGUCAGGAACCAUCGAUACAAGGACUAAUGCAGCUGCAGCCCUUUUCACGUUAUCUGCUCUUGAUUCUAACAAGUCACUUAUUGGGAAAUCAGGUGCCUUGAAACCACUUAUAGACCUUCUAGAAGAGGGACAUCCUUUAGCCAUGAAAGAUGUUGCUUCUGCAAUUUUUACCCUAUGUUUUGUCCAUGAAAAUAAGGCGAGAGCCGUGAGGGAUGGUGCAGUGAGGGUGCUUCUGAAGAAGAUUAUGGAUGGUAUGCUUGUCGACGAGUUAUUGGCUAUGCUUGCAAUUCUUUCUAGUCAUCACAAGGCUAUUGAAGAAAUGGGAGAGCUUGGAGCUGUUCCUUGUUUGCUUCGCAUUAUCAGGGAGAACAGUUGCGAACGCAACAAGGAAAAUUGCAUUGCCAUUCUUCACACAAUCUGUUCCAAUGACCGAACCAAGUGGAAGACAGUAAGGGAAGAGGAGAAUGCGUAUGGUACAAUCUCUAAACUAGCUCGAGAGGGCACUUCAAGGGCCAAGAGGAAAGCUAAUGGGAUUCUUGAGAAACUGAAUAGGAUUGUUAAUCUCACGCAUACAGCAUGAUAAAAUCAGUUAUGCCACCCCAAUCAAGUUCAGGGAAAUGUAAAUUCUACAUCCCUUUCCAGCAUUACAAGUUGCAGCAUUGCAUCUCUGCCAUUCUCCACCGCCUUCCUCUCUGUAAAUUCUCUUCCACCAAAAUUUCUAUAUUCAGGUUUAUGAGUUAGCCGUUGUGAAUAAACGUGCCAUAAGCUUUGCGAUAAAUUUUUGUCUUUCGUUUUGUGCCAUGGUCCCUUCACGUACCCUCUACAGAUGUUUUGUAUCUUGCCAGUAUGAUCAGUUUUGGCUUCUUCCCAGUUUGCUAGCAUCAUUUCCUGGUGUCCCCCUCACAAGGUAUUAUAACUUGUAAAAGAUUUUUCUACCUAAAUUUGUGCAUAAAUCCAGCUUUUGCUUGCAUUUUA